UGCGAAUGUAAAUAAAAAGGUGAAAGACAGAAUUCUAACCAACAGCUGCUCAACUGAACUGGCACAGUUGAUGAAGGUACAUUGAAAGUGUAGUUUUAAAAUUCACACUAAAACGACGUUGCAAUGACAUCGACCAAAGUGAUUCAGUUGGACGAAAAGAUGGCAAAACUACACGAAUGCGGUAGUGGUUUUCGAGCUAAGGAUGAUCCAUUUUUUGAGGCAAAUAAUACUGUGAUUUUCACACCGUUUGUCCGACUCGGUGUAUAUCGAUAUGAUGACGAAAGUCUUUGUCAUAAAUCAGAUCGCAUACGUUGCAAUAUUCCAAAUUGUAAUGAAAUGUUUGACACAAUAUUUGCAUAUGAAAAUCACUAUAAUUCAUUGCAUCGUUUUUUGUGUGCACAAUGUAAGAAGAAUUUGCCCAGUGCCCAUUUGCUUGAUUUACAUUUGUCGGAGAAACAUGAUUCCUUCUUUGCUGUCCUAUCAGAACGAAAACCGAUGUAUCGUUGUUAUUUGGUGGAAUGUUCAGUGCUGAGCAAGAAUGCUUCGGAGCGUCGUGAUCAUUGCAUAACGGUGCAUAAAUUUCCGGCUGAUUUUCGUUUUGAUUGUUACAAGCAUGGUAACAAGAAAAGCAACAACAAAAAUGAUGGCAAAAAGAUUAGUCAAAAGUUACCGGAUCAAAAGGCAUCAUCACCAUCGUCGUCCGUGACGUCUGCAUUACAACAGUCAAAGAUGGUUGUAUCGGUAACAUCACAUGAUGAAGAUGUCGAAUUGGAGGAUAAAUCAAUUUUACUCAUGACACAACGUAAAAAUUUCGCCCAUUUUUCAUUCGGUCACAAUAAGACGAAGACAUUUCGUUCAAAUUCCAAUCAAUGUUAUGCUAAGCAACUAACUGCCAAAUCGGAAAUCACCAAAAAGCCCCAGUCUGGCCUCGAUGACGCCAAUUUGGUGGAUGAAUUAAUGGAUAGUCUACCACAAUGAUUGAAUUUUCACUUUAAUAUUGUUUAUUUUUGUAAUUCACUCGAAUCAUCAAACAUUUUACCACAAUAAAUAAGUUAAACAUA